AUGGAACCUGGGGAACGGCUGACCGGGAAGGUUACUAUAGUUCGCAAAAGGAGGGCCGGUGCUGAUAUGCAGUACAUUUUGAAGACAACACAUACAAACUGUCCGAAAGAGCCAACAAACAAUGACGAGCUACUAAUUCUUCAGCUGGUUGGACGACACCAAAACCUAAUUAGAAUGUAUCAUUUUGAGAAAAAUUGGUUCGAUGGUAAUACUGAGAUUCUCCUGGAGUACAUCAAUGGCCAGUCCCUCAGAGGACUACAUAUUCAGGACGAGGUCCAAUUGUCAAAGGUGGCAAAUAAGAUUUUGGAGGCUCUAACUCAUAUCCACAAGAAAUCAAUAGCACAUCUGGCUAUUCAACCUGAUCAUGUGUUGGUGAACCAGAACAUGACUGUGAAGCUUUGCAGCUUUGGGCACUCGAAGAUAAUAGAGGCUGCAAUGAGUCGUGUUAUCCCCUCCUUGGAGCGGGUGGCAGUCAGGCCCGCUCUUCCGAAUCACGGGGCUCAAUAUUUGAGCCCCGAGGCAAUACAAGCUGCCAGCUCCAGAAGGGGAUUGAAUGCCCUAACUCUUUUUCAGCAAGAUGUUUGGGGUAUGGGAAUGAUCAUCUGGGAGUUGUUUGUAGGCCACUACCCAUUCGUCGGUGUUGAUUUUAGUGCUAAUCUAGACACUAUUCGGAGGGCUAUUACUGAUUCCCUCCCGCUGCAGGAGGUGCCCUGA